UCUGUCUAGUUUGCCCAGGAGCAGAGUCGAAGAAGUGUAGUUCUCUUGGGUAGACCUGUAGGGUGCCAUGGAAAGAAAAUUCAUCAUGGACACUUCGGGCAAAACAAUCACAUGCCGGGCAGCCAUUGCGUGGAAAACAGGUUCCACUCUUGCAAUUGAGGAAGUACAAGUCGAUCCACCAAAGGCUCGGGAAGUUCGUAUUAAGAUGAUAUCUACAGGGAUCUGUGGUACUGAUGAUCAUGCAGUAAAAGGAUUACUCUCCCUAAACUUUCCUUUCAUCCCAGGCCAUGAAGGAGCUGGGAUUGUAGAGAGUAUUGGCGAAGGAGUGAGCUCAGUGAAACCAGGAGAUAAAGUCCUCACACUCGCUAUACCACAGUGUAGAGAAUGCAGUUCCUGUUUGCAUCCCAAGGGAAACUUCUGUGAGAAGCAAGAUGUUCUACCUUCUUCUGGAUUAAUGUUGGACAAGACCAGCAGAUUUACCUGCAAAGGAAAAAAGAUUUAUCACUCUUUCCGUGCAAGCACAUUCACUGAAUAUACGGUUGUACCUGAGAUUGCAGUGGCAAAAAUUGAUGCUGCUGCUCCUAUGGAUAAAGUUAGUAUCAUAAGCUGCGAGGUGCCUACAGGUUAUGGGGCUGCUGUAAAUUCGGCCAAGGUCACUCGCGGUUCCACGUGCGUGGUCUUUGGACUUGGUGGAGUUGGUUCAGCCAUUGUCAUGGGCUGUAAAGCAUCUGGUGCUUCUAGGAUCAUUGGGGUUGACAUCAAUGAGGAGAAGUUUCCCCGGGCAAGAGCAUUAGGGGUCACUGAUUGUCUCAACCCUCAUAACCUCAAGAAACCUGUCCAGCAGGUGGUCAUGGAAAUGACAAGAGUUGGUGUUGACUUUGCCUUUGAAGCCAUUGGACUCAGUGAUACGAUGAUUGCUGCUUGGGAUUCCUGCCACCGGAGCUAUGGUAUCUGUCUGAUGGUUGGGGUGGCUUCAUCAAAUUCACAGCUUUCCCUGAACGCACCAGAUAUUAUCUCUGGACGGACACUGAAGGGUGUGUGUUUAGGAGAUUAUAAAACCAGAGACUGUAUUCCCCAACUAGUGACUGAUUACCUGCAAAAUAAAAUUAAUAUAGAUCCCUUAAUAACCCAUCAGUUGCCUUUUGACCAACUCCACAAAGCUUUCGAGUUGUACCAUGCUGGAAAAACCAUCCGCUGUAUUCUGCUGUUCUGAGAUCCCAGAUGAUAAAAGGUGAAAGGGCAUCCUUGGGGAUAUCAUUCCUUUCCUGUAUCACCUCUCUGAUCAUUCCAGUACAGUGGAAAGAGGCGUACCAGAGAUGGAAAUGCAGUAUAAUUGUGAAAAAUAUGUGCAUCUUGAACGCAGCUGUAAUAAAAUAACUGCUCAGAGAAGAGA